CACGCCCAUGAGCAGGUCCCCAGGCCGGGCCCCUGAGACGUUCUCAUGGCACCCAGCACACCACAGCCUUCAUCCAGUCUGCAGCCAGGCAGGGCCGGUGGCCCCAGGGCAGAGCCCACAUCUGCCCGGAUCCCACCCAGUGCCUGAGGGGAGGCCCACCCGUGGGCAGCAGAGCAGGGGCCGUGGCCUCCAGCACCCCACCCACCAGCCAGCCUCUGACUCAUUGCCUCUGCCACCAGGUGCACACCAUGCUCUUCGGGGACAAUCGCUCGGAAGUGACAGAGUUCAUCCUGGUGGGCUUCUCGGGCUCGCUGGGCCUCCACGUGUGCCUGGUGGUGCUGUUCACGCUAGCCUACAUGCUGACCGUCACAGAGAACGUGGUCAUCGUCGCCGUGAUCCGGGUCAGCCCCCAGCUGCACAAGCCCAUGUAUGUCUUCCUCAGCAACCUGUCCUUCCUGGAGGUGUGGUACGUCUCCGUCACCGUGCCCAAGAUGCUGCUCAGCCUCGCAGAGCCCCAGUUCCGACACAUCUCCUUCGCGGGCUGCAUGGCGCAGCUGUAUUUCUUCCUGGCGCUGGCCUGCACCGAGUGCACGCUCCUGGGGGUCAUGGCCUACGACCGCUACGUGGCCAUCUGCAGCCCCCUGCGCUACCCGGCCAUCAUGAGCCCCAGCCUCUGCAGCUCCCUGGCCGCCAGCUCCUGGCUCUCGGGCUUCGCCGUCUCCCUGGGAAAGGUCUUCUUCAUCUCGCGCCUGGGCUACUGUGGCCCCAACGUCAUGAACCACUUCUUCUGCGACGUGUCCCCCCUGCUGAGCCUCGCGUGCUCCGACGUGUCCAUGGCGGAGCUGGUCGACUUCCUCCUGGCUCUGCUCAUCCUGCUGGGGCCGCUGCAGCUCACCAUCUUCUCGUACGCCGCCAUCCUCGGCACCGUGCUGCGCAUCCCGUCCGCCGCCGGCCGCCGCAAGGCCUUCUCCACCUGUGCCUCGCACCUGGCCGUGGUGGUCAUCUUCUACUCCGCCUCCCUCUUCAUCUACGCCCGGCCACGCGCCAUCUACUCCUUUGACCUCAACAAGGUGGUGUCCGUGGUCUACACGGUGCUCACGCCCCUGCUCAACCCCAUCAUCUACUGCCUGCGGAACCAGGAGGUCAAGGAGGCCCUACGCAAGGCAGUGCAGAGGGUGGCCCAGGCCCUGGGUGCCCCGUCCUAGGGGCCUCCCUGGGACCUCGCGCUCCCUCAGACCUGCUCCAGACCUCUGUGUCUCCGGUUUAUCUCCUGAGUGGCUCCAGUGGGGUGAGGGGCUGAAGGCAGAGUCCUUCCUGUCCCUCAUCUGAGUGGUGCCUGCCCAGGACACAGGUUUGGUGACCACCCCAACCUGGCUCACCCCUUCCCAAUGCCUGGAACAGACACCCCGUGUGGAGCCCCCAACCCUGACCCUCUCCGGGUGCCACACAAGGUAUCAUCCCGAGACACUUUACAACUGCUGCAGAGUACCAGUUGCCCCCGCCCCAGGUGGGGA